AUGAAGAACAUGUCCGUGAAGCUCACGCCAGAGGAGGACCAGUACGAUGUUCACGGUUACAGUGUGAACCGGCAUUGGGUCCAGGGCCCAAACUCCGUGUUCACGAGCAUCAUGUCGGCCAUGCUCACUGGAGACCUGCGCGGGUACGAUGCUUUCUUCUUCAUGGAGAUGGAUGCGGUGCCCAUCAAGGCGGGCUGGCUGGAGCAGUUCGAGAAAGAGGCUCUGGAGAUGCCCACGCAGAACAUGGCCAUCCGCGGCAGCAAGUACUUGGGCCACAAGUGGGAUGCUUUCAAGCACCUGAUGCCGGCCCAUGUGGUCGAGCACAUCAACGGCAACGCCAUUUACAACUUGAAGCAUCCUUGGCUGAAGUUUUUGCACGACACCUUCACUGCAAAGGGCAACAUUCAGAUGGCAGAGGAGAUGGCCUUCGAUGUGGCGUUCGCCAUGAUUACUCAGGCGGCCAUGGAUGGCAGGGAGGAUGAGUUUGCCGCAGCAUUUUCGCAGAGCAAAGGUACCGAUAGGACUUACUGUGGGGAUUCGAUGCUCAUUGGCAACUACGCCAACACGCUCUUGAAUCACAGCUUCGACGUCCCGACCUACAUUCGCCAUGGCUCUGACAGAAAUCUGUUCCACAGCCUUGCGGACGACCAGGUCACUUUGGGAGUGGCCGUCUACGACCAAAGCACAGGUCACAUCAUGAACACCACUCGUAGCAACCACCCCUUCAAGAACGUCCUGAUGCUUCAGUACUUCCCCGGUAAGAAAGCCGUGGAGAAGAUUGCAUCCCCGAGCGGCGAGGUCAUGGUGACCACGCAGCAGGCAACGCAGGAGCCCCACAUGCAUCUGUGUGAGGUCGCCAAGUUGGCGACGACGCCGUGGUUCGCUCUUACCGACAACUACCACGUCAUCAACGCACCUGUCACCGUGCUCAUGGACCAUUCCGACCCGCAGAUGCCUGUCCCCGUGAUGCCUUAUGUCCAUGGCUGCGAGCGUGGCGACUGCCAGGCCUCGCUAGAUCAGGCCACGGAUCUCUUCGGAGUUCACUUAAAAUACCACCAUGAUCCGUACGAGCUUGUCUUCAGCACCAGGGAUGCCAGAGACUUCUGCUCCUCUUGGAAGCAAGCGGCGGCUAGCAAGAGCUGGAAGUCCUGCGAGCUUGCGUACGGCCCGACGGCCGAUGAUUACGUGGCCUGGAAGAUCAGCACGAACAAGACCAACCUGAUUGCCACCCCCAAGAACAAGGCCCUGUAUGGUUGGAGGGCAUGGACGCAGCGGUGGGCGCCUGCCCCUGUGGACAUGCGACAGUGCCGGGUGCAAGUCUAUGGCUUCAUCGAGUACCACCAUGCCCUCGGGAACAUCUCAUCCUGCGAGAAACGUAUAGAGGAUAAAUGGGGGUGCAAAGCAGAUCCAGACUGCAAGUGGAUUCCAAAGUUCCAGUCUGGCGUUUGUGUGCGCGAUUGGUCCUACCACUAUAAGGUUCUCAAGAAAGCCAGGAAGCGACACUGGAAACCCAGGUGGAGAGUAAAGCCCUGGCGGCGCUGGCACAAAGGGAGGAGUUGGGCGCAAACCGAGGGCGGUAACUACGACAGCCUCGCACAAGAGCCACAUCCAGACGACGAGAAUGUGCACGAAGACCCCGUUCACUUCAUGCAGCUCUCCAAAAAACGCGGGCCGGAACUCUGA